AUGCAAAGCAACAGGCGGGUCCAUCCCAGUGCGCAGCGCACCGUCAACUGGGUGAGGGCCGAGCGGGGGCCCUGCUGCUCCCUCACUGCUAUCCCUGAACUCUGCGCUAGGGGUGAUCGUGGCUUUCAGCCAGGAACGGGGUUCACCCUUCCUAAUGCUGAUGAGGAAAAGUUUGCUCAUAUUGGAGUAGACCAGAAUCAACCCAAGUCAACUACGAGUUCUGCACAAAACCAGGUCCAGAACAGCAAAGCAGCUCCGUACCUUGAGGAGACACUGCCACUAGCACGCAAAGCUCGGGAGCAGACAGCAGUGAAGAACAAUUUCCCGUUUUCCUUUCAUGACAACAAGCACUGCUUGCAGAAUGUAGGAGAGUAUUUUGAUUUUGGUUUGGGCCGCAGGAAGGUGGAACCAGAGAGACGGCAGCAGAACUCCCAGAACUUCUUCCAGUGGGCUCAUGAGCCAGUUCCCAGCAAAGAAGAUGGCUUAACCAUUUAUCAGACCUCAUUUAUGGGAGAUAAAAGCUCUGAGAGCACAAUUUAUAGGCGGUAUCCAAAAGAGCACACAGAAAAGCAGUGUCCUGAGAAACCCAUUCUUGAGAAGGAUAAAAACCUGCAGCCAAACAAGUCAUCUUAAUUACCAACCCACCUUUGUAAUACAGAUAUAUCAUCAUCAUCAUCAGAGCUUUUACUUGAGAUCUAAACUACCUCUUACUCAGAUGGAUGAUGAAAUAAAUAUAUGUAUGAAGUGAAUGUGUUGUGCAGUUGAGAGUUCAUUGAAAUCAACACUCAUGUUACUCUGAAGACAUACAUUACUAUAAAAAUUGUAAUUGAGAGAAAAAGCAUGAUUGUGCAUAGUUUCAGCUGUACUUCUAUUAGGA